GGCGCGAGCUUGAGCUCAUUCGCGAAACGUCGAAAAGAGCUGACAAAAGAAAAGCUCAGGUUUGAUCCAUUCCGCCUUCCGGAACGCCUUUGUUUAAGUGACCUGGCAUUUUCGUUCUCCUUCUCCUUUCGUUUCUUCCCUACUGCCUCGAAUUAGGAGAGAUCAUGAUUUCGCGCAUUUCUCUUUGUUGUUCGCAAACAGAUGUGUACAAAUCGCAUCUGGUAUUAUAAUUAGCAUUAGCGGAAUUAUUGAACGUGUGAAAGAGCUAAUCCGUGUGUAAUCCGCGACGACCGCAAAGAGAUUGUGGUUUGACGAAAAAUUGCUCGCGCAAAUUUUUCUAUUCGAAAGAACCGAAUGUACACAGUAAAUAAAUUCGAGAUGAUAAUGCAUCGCUGUGAUAUAAGACGAUCAUUGACGAAGCAUAUUUUUAAUUUUCACUCCUCGCUAUUUUAACGCAAUAAAGUGACAAGUUAUAUACGUGUUCUUUUUUUCGAAAAUUUUGUUCCUGAAUUCAAAUGUCAGUUAUAAAGCGAUAAAGAGUUCCGAACCGAUGUUCUUCAACGUUGCUUUUUAUCUUCUACUUUUUAUUAUAAAUCGCAGUAGUACAGCGUAAAAUUUAGUCAGCCGGCGCGCGCGCGCGCGUGCUUUAUAACGUUUUCUUUCACUUGCUUGAACGUGAUUCGAUUUGAUGUGAAUUCAUUGGUAGGAGACAUACCCGAGCAUCGACCAUCAACGGCUUGUAGACGUAAACCUCCGUGCGGACGGGAAUUUCUUUCAUUCGGUUUCUCCUUCCUCUUCUCUCUCUCUCUUUCUUUCUCACGUUUAGUCCGAUCGUUCGAUCUUCCAUUACCAUCUUUGUGCGUGCAAAGGACUCUUCGACAAGGACCUGUUUACCAUUAAUGUCCUGACUCGCAAUAUCCCCGUUUGACGGACCGAUCGCGGUCACGCGAGGAUGGGUGAAGGAUGAGGAAAGGUGUGCGGAGCGGCAUAUGGUACCGACAACUUGUUUGCACUGAGACAACAAUGAAACGCUGAAGGGCCUUCCAUUCGCAAAAAAGUGGAUGAAGAGGAGCCGAGCGACGCGAGAAUGAGUGCUCGUAAAAGUUGAAGGGGACAAUCUACACAACGAAUAGCAACAGCCUGCCUCGUCCAUUGCGACUAGCUACAUAUCUCACGUUAAGAUGACAUAGAAUGGGUUGGGUGGCGCUAGGGCGGUGUGCGGGUGGUGGCGGCCGCCUCUCGUCCAUCCUCUCGCUGUCUCUCACCUCCCUUGCGAGCUCCCUCAUCUUCACCUCCCUCUGUAUCCUCACACUUGCCUUUACUCUCGUCACUCUCGCGCGUGCUGAGGACAUCUUCGAGGAGGGAAAGUCGGACAAGGAGAUCCUGGACAACCUGCUGCUGUCGACGCGUUACGACAAGCGGCUUCUGCCCCCGGUCCAAGAUGCUGAUUUCUGCUGCGGAAUGAGAUGGCCUGGUGACACCACCGGCUUGACAAACCAGUCGUCGAUCUUCUUUAACAACCCUGUGAACCAGAACAAGAACCAGAACAAUAACCACUACACGCCGCACCAAUACCUCCGCAAUCACCUUCGCGGAACUUUGACUGUAAACGUGAGUGUGUUGCUGUUGAGUUUGGCUUCUCCCGACGAGUCCAGUCUGAAAUACGAGGUGGAAUUUCUACUGCAGCAACAGUGGUACGAUCCACGAUUGCGUUAUAGCAACAGAUCCAGAUAUGAGUUUUUAAAUGCAAUUCACCAUUACGAGGAUAUCUGGUUACCGGAUACGUAUUUCAUAAUGCAUGGUGAUUUCAAGGAUCCCAUCAUCCCCGUUCACUUUGCCCUGCGGAUAUACCGCAACGGCACCGUCAACUACCUUAUGCGGCGUCACCUUAUCCUAUCCUGCCAGGGUAGACUUAAUAUCUUCCCCUUUGACGACCCAUUGUGUUCAUUCGCGAUUGAAAGCAUAUCGUACGAACAGACAGCGAUUACGUACGUGUGGAAAAACGACGAGGGUACGCUACGAAAAAGUCCGAGCCUAACGUCACUGAACGCGUAUCUCAUUAAGAAUCAGACAAUCACAUGUCCGAUCAAAGUGAGCUGGCGAGCUGAUGGACAGAUCAUGGACGAGGACGAGUUCGAUGAAUUUGGAGACUCUAAGUGCUCGCUGUGCCAGCGCAGGUUUGAGGAGCAAGGUAAUUACAGCUGCUUGAAGGUGGAUCUGAUCUUCACGCGGGAUCGCGCCUUCUAUUUCACCACGGUUUUCAUCCCAGGCAUUAUUCUGGUAACCAGCUCCUUCAUCACAUUCUGGCUCGAAUGGAAUGCCGUGCCGGCGCGAGUGAUGAUCGGUGUAACAACGAUGCUCAACUUUUUCACCACGUCGAAUGGCUUCCGGGGAACGCUGCCCGUCGUUUCGAAUCUGACUGCCAUGAACGUGUGGGACGGCGUGUGCAUGUGCUUUAUCUACGCGAGUCUUCUCGAGUUCGUCUGCGUGAAUUACGUCGGCCGCAAACGACCGAUGCACAAUGUUGUCUAUCGACCGGGAGAGAACCCCGUCACCCAGCGGCUCCCAGCGGUGCUCAGCAGGAUAGGGAUUAUAUUGGCCAGCCCCUUGAAGCGGGAGGGCGGAGCUCCUACCGGUGGUGCUACUGGACCGAACGAGAUUGUCACCUGCACCAACUGUGGACCUAAUCCCUGCACGCACACGGCAACUAACGGUUGCACCGCUGAGCUGAGAAAAAAAGAGCCACCGCAUCCGAUUAGAGUGGCGAAAACGAUCGACGUGAUAGCCAGGAUCACCUUUCCAGUCGCCUAUUUCAUGUUCCUCACUUUCUUCUUCAUUCACUAUAAGGGCACCUCGUAGAGUGGCGUACAACGAUCCCUCGAGAGAUCUCUCAUCGCUGCUGGUGUGAGCGACAACGAAGCCUCGCGCGAAUAAGCGACAACGAUGCUCGGCCGCGGAGAUUGUAUCUACGGUGGGUUCGAGUUUUCCUUUCCCUGAGUAAAAACUUUCAAGUAGGCAGAAUAAUAAGUUUGCAUGACCUUGGAUCUUCUCCAAAAAAAAAAAAAAAAACAAAAAUAACACACAGUAAUAAUUCAGAUACGAGGAGAGAAAGAAAAGUCUUAGACUCUCCAGCGAAAGGUCGUGUUGUUAUUUCGAUUGUAACAGAAGAGUGAGACAAAAAGCGAUUAGCUCCGACGUAUCGGGUGGGAAUGUUUUGACGGAUGUGAAAGUUCUCUCUCCGAAGAAGGAAAUGCGAACCGGUAAUUCGACGACGCGAAGAUAAAAUAGCACCUAUGUGGAUUGGUCUCCUACCAGUUAUAUUUCAUCUUUCUUUCACGUGUGAUAGCUCUUGAAAACACUUCUCUACAGUGGAAGUAUAGAUAUAUUCUGCGAUCGCUCCGCGAUCAUGCGCAACAUCCGUGUACGUUACUACACACUUGUAUCUCCGUUUCCUUUCCCUUUUCUUAUCUCUUUAGCUAGGAUAAGGUGCCGUCGACGAACGCUUCGGCCAACACGCAUAAGCAGAGAGAACGACGCUUAGCUUGCUCGAUGAUGAUCAAACGUAAUUUAAUGUUGUAAACUUCACUAUAUUGCUACGUAGCACGAUCAGCAGAAAAAUAUCUCGUCGCCACGAACGUCGCUGGAAGAUACGUGAUUCGCGUACCAUUCGAUCCUUCUCUCGUUAUUUGAUUCUACUUGCGAAACGUUCGUGCAAAUCGCAAAUCAAAUGUGAAAACGUCUUUCGUAUCGGAAGAUGGCCAACAAUCGCGCGGAGUGUCCGCGCAACGUGAUCCAUUCAUGUAACGUAACGAGCAUCGAGAGAACACCAUCGUUGCAUCGUGAACGGCUCAUUUUACGUAUCGAAUAGACGCUGCUGCAGACAGAAAGCUGAGUUAAGUCAGAGAAGCGAAGAGUCUAUUUCGCCUAGUUUACACUCGAUUUACUCACGACGUAACGUAUCACGGAAACGGAGAAGAAUUGCCGAUCAAUGUGGGAAGAAGUGGAAAAGAUAAAGUGCUGCGGACACAUUUGCUCGCUUUAUACAAGUAGAAACGAUGCGUCAAUAGGUCAACACGUUAGAAGACGAAGAAACGAUUCGUGGACAACGCGUAACGUGCAUUGCACAAAAACAAACUUUAACAUUGCUGAAAGUAAACGAACACAUUGUGCUCUCUCUUUUCUCUCUUUCUCUCCCUUUUUCUUUCUCUCCGAGGAUAUCCAGGACAUCCGAAGACGUCCAAGCUAGCAGAUCAUCGAGCACACGUUGCGCCGCCGUCGGCUAAUUCGAAAAAAAAAUCUCUGCGUGUAGCCUGCAUACUAUUUUAGGCACAAAAAAUCGCUAUGCUACACACUACUAUUAUUAUUACUACUAUUACUACUACUUUUAUUAUUAUUGCAACUAAUAUUAUAUACUACAUACCGUUAUGGUUGCUAUUCUAUUAUCGUAAUUACCUGCUACUACGAUUACAAAGUUAUUGUUAUAAUAUUACGGACUUUAAGAAGGGACACGGAGUUGAUAAAGAAACAAAACCGCCUUUGGGCGCAUACGUACGUACGUUUAUACUGAUCGAAUUACAAAUUUCCAUUACUCCAGCAAUAUUAAAACAAGAAAAGAAGACAGCAGAGAAGAAAACGCGAGCCGAACGUAAUAUACGUACAUAUGUAUAUAUCGAAAGUAAUAUUUCGAUAAAUCGCGACGAGACUACUCGAAAUAUUCAGUAGAUGUAACGUGUAAUUGUUUAACACCGCGAUAUAUACGAUCGUCUCGCUAUCGUUAUUGCGGGAUGCGUAAUAGUGUUUUUUUUUUUUUUCAUACAUAUAUAGACAUGAAACGCACGCGCGUAUACAUACAUAUGAACGACAAAUGCACGUUCAGAUUCCAAAAAAAAAGACACGUUACAAGGAUCGAUAACUCCAACGACGGUUAGCCGAUUGGUUCACCGAUUCUUCUUAGUUGAGGAAGAAACAAGAUUUGACAACACGUGUAUAUUAACUCAACUCGGUAGAAACUCGAAUUUUCUUGUAUUAAUUUUGCAAUAAAAAAUAAUUUUAACAUCUUCUUUUAAUAUUUCUAUUGUAAUUCAUGAUUAUUCAGAAGAACGUUCGGAUGACCACAAUUAUUGCUAACCGACGCCCAAGAAAUCGAGCCUGUGUGAACUGUAAAUAUACAUAUGUACUACUCGUUAACACAGAUCUCUUUGACAACUGACUGCCAAAAAAGUAUUUUCACCGGUAAGCAUAUGUAUAUCUUAUUUCUUUAAAUAAUUCAAACUCUUCUCCACCGCACGAGCAAAGCAGAAUUAUUUUCUUGGAAGAUCACGUAAUGAAGCAUAUCGACAUUGUCGAGACGUCGUUCCAGUUGAAAACUUUGUUCAAACCGCUUCGCUUAACUGUCAACUCGAUAACAAUAAAUUUACGUGAAAAACUAUCUCUGAAAAUGUGUUACACAAUUUUCUGAAGAAUUGAUAUACAACAAAUUGUUCGACAGAUAUAUUUCACAAAAGAGUAUCUUUCACUACUAGAAACAAAUGCGCGAUCCUCAGUCAAACGAGUUAUAUAAAAUGGAAAAAAAAAGAAAGAUAUAAAACGGACGAUCAUAAAAACUAUAUUUGUACGAAUAUAUAUCGCGGUUUCUUUCAAAACACUCUCGCAAUAUAGUAAAACCGUAGAUCACGCAAUAAUAUGAAAAGAGCUCUUUGUGAGCGCGUAUAAGCCAUCGAAGAUAAUACGCCUUUAGGAUUUUGCAAAAUUGAUCAAGAACGUGACAUCGCAAAACAGGAAUAAACUUCGAGUUCCGCGUGAAAGUUCGGAAACGCUGUGCACAUUGUAAUUAGAUCGUUUGCAUGUCUCACAGUUGCAAAUUCUAUAUGCGUAAUAAAAUAAAAUAAAAUAAAAUAAAAAAAAGAAUCAGAGAUAUAUUGUAUCUUUAAGCGAUAGAGAGACCACUUUUUAUAUAGAACCUAUUUCGUCCAUUCGUGUGUGAGAAGAACAACCCUGCUCCCUUCAUCCGGGUUCGCACAAUUAAAACGCGUUAAAAUAUCUCAUCGCGAUUCUUAAUCCACUCUAAAUAUAACGCUUGGCCAAUCAGAGUUUCGCACGAUCGUGCAAAUAUCCGUUCGCGUCCAUUUGAAAAUCUUAUAAUUCGAAGCACUGCCAUAAUUAAAUUUUGCAGACAAAAUCUAUUGCUUGUGGCAUGAGAGGCGAACGUGCGUACUUAAUACGGGUGCAAUUUAUGCGACGCGGCAAAGGAGAGCAGGGUGAAAAUCGUAAAGCAAGUGUCGUACACUCGUGGAAAACGUAAUAUCGCGCGCGUCGAGUACGAUCGCGCGACACACGUCACACGUCAUACGUAAAAUGUAAUGUAUAUUCUACCUUGUAAUAUAUAAAAGAGGAUUGCAAUACGUAACCGUGUAGAAAUUUCGCGCGAGACAUCUUUAUCUCGAGAGGAAAUAGUACCUUCUUUCGCGACCGUUCUUUCUCAUGCGGAUCGUACGGGACAAAAAUCGUUACGUCAAGAGCCAAUCACGCGAACACGUGUUCUGCGUGUUCACUUCUUUACGGAAACUCAAAGAAAAAAAAAAAUCGACGCGAAGCUUGCGCAAUUAAUAUUUAUUGUAGAAUUAUAUUUAAAUCAUGAUUACGCGCCGAAAAGAAAGAGAGAACACGCAGCACAUGUCCUUUCUCGGAGAAACGUGUCGAUUCGGUAGGUUUCCCGAAUACAGGAGAAAUUAUAACGUUGCUAUAUUCAGUGCUUGCGCCUCGCUAUAUAGUGUCACACACGAAGAAAUAGCCACAACUCGACAACGGGUCGUGGCGUUUUAAAAACGACAAUUUCUAUCUAGACCAUCUGUGUAUACGCACUGUGUAAAAGUUGACCACGUAGAUAUGAUGUAAUAUGAUACAAGAAGAUAUAUUUCUUAUGGUAACGCGGAAAAAUUACGGAUCGUAGAUCGUUGCACUUGUAUUUCUUGCUUCUUUUGAAAUUGUACGACAUAUAAAAUUGCACUCUAUUUGUUCACACGCAAAUAUACGUACUUUAUUACGUACUUCUCUUCGCAAUUCGUCUUUUUCGUUCGCGUUAAAUUUUUUGCAGAAGCCUGUGAAUCGCGAUUAAAAUAAAAAAAAAACGAAAAAAAAAAAAAUAUUUCUCCGUGAAAUACAGAAUUUGCCUGAUCUGAUAGCAAUCAAUUUUUACCGCACCGCUACCUCAUCGUUUCUUGAUGACACUGAUAAAGAAAAAAAACAAAUAUGUAUAUGCAAUCGACACAACGAAUAUUGCGUAGAGCCAAAUAUUGCGAGAGAGACACAUGCUCUAUUUAAAAUUAAUCGGACUUACGUUUACGGGUAAAAUAAAUCGAUCGAUCGGACAGACGAGGGAGAGUUGUCUUGCGUUCGUUGCGUAGCUAGGCUCGUCGGUUAAAAAAUUCUUUAGGAAAUGGAAAUCUUUGUGAAUUAAUUUUUAUCAAUAAUUUUUACCACGCAUGCAACCCGUUUUUACGAUUAUUUUUAUCUUUCAAUUGUUUUCUCAGAUGUGUGGAAACAUUUAUAUCCUGAGCCUGGCAGCUAUGCGAAACAAGAACAACAAAAUGUUGAACCUACUGCUAUCUUUUGUAUACAUUUCGCGCCGUAAAUGAAUACGAAACUAUUAGAUGAUAGGAAUGCUGAUGAGCGAAUUAAUUAAUUAAUGUCGUUAAAGUUUAAUGCUCCACGGACCAAGACACUGAGUAGUUAUUACUACGGCUACUUUACUAACGUAUCAUUAGCGGCACUUUUUUAGACAUCCUGCAUUAUUUAUAUUUGUAUGCAAGAACGUCUUGUUUAUUAAAAAUUCUUAUUGCGAAACUCUUCAAAUGCGUGUGCGUUAAACGAAACUUUAGCAUUUAUAGUAAGAAACGUAAAGACGCAUAUAAGGCCUUCUUUAUGCAAAAAUUCUAAUACUCUCUGAAUGGCUCGUAAUGCAACAAAAUAAACUAAAAACAAGUAUUAAUAAAAAUUUCUUUGGUAAUAUAGAAAAGUAUCUGAUAUGGAAAAUUGUAUAUUUUAAAAUUGUUAGAUUUUGUAUCUUUCUGACCCUGUUACUGUUAUGUAUUCUUUGUUAGUAUACCAAAAAUUGAUUAAUUGACGUUACUAUCACCGUCGUAGCAUAAAGGAUAAAUGUGAAAAAAAGUACUUAAAACUGUCAUAUAUCUAUGACUAAAGGCUUUGUUAACAAAUGAUAUGUAUCUCGUAGCUUUUGAAAAUAAAAAAUCACGCCGAAAAAGUAUAAAAUAAGCCAGGCCGAAAGGAGAGAAAUUGUACGGUGUAUAUAGAGCGAUCCGCGCGCGCGCGCGCGGCGCGGAUUACUAAAUCUCGUUGAGAAGAAGAUAGAUAUGCAAAAAUACAUAUAUGUUUAGUAAGAGCGCAAAAAAAUUUCGAGACUUCUUUUUCUAAUGUCACACCGAAUCUCUGUGUCAACGUAACAUAAUUAUGCUAUACGUAAAUUAUGCUACAUAUAAAGAAGAUAGAAAAGAGAUAAAAGUAUGUAUGUAUGUAUGUGUGUAUGAGUGUGUUUCUCCAAUCUAUCUGAUUCUAUUUUUGUUAUUUUUGUACCUUUUCACUGCACUUGCUAUACAGCGUAGAAAGAAAACUUCUGCGUUGGCAUGCGUAUACAUAAGUAAAAUUAUAUACCGCGUGAUAAACGGAUUAUCGGUUUUCGAGUGAGAUAAAGAUUGUUUUAUAGAUAUAUUUUAUAUUACGUCAUUACAUUAAAGUAUAAUUAAAAAAAGAGAAAUUUUAAAUACAAUAUCGUACAAUCGUGCGUACAAUCACGUACAUAUCCGAAAUAACAAUAAAUAAGUAAAGUGAAUAUAUAUAUACUAGAAAUAUAUAUAUAUAUAUAUCUGCAAAAAAUGUUAUAUGAAUACUUCGCAUACAACAUAAUAAAACAUUGAAACCUUUUGACAAAUAUCUAUACAAACAUUUGCUCGAAUUUCGCUAACCGAUAUCAUGCGGAUGCGAAAAUAAUAUUGCCUAUAUGUACACUGCACAUUUAUUGAACACAUAUGUAGAUGAAAAUUCACGUGUAAUUCUUCCUUCUAUCUCUAUUUCUCUCUCUUGUUUUAUAAACUUUUAUUUCGCCAAAAUA